AUCUGGUAGUUUUAAGAACUACCCAAACUUAGAAACGUUAUUAUUGUGGGACUGUAUGUUAAUGAAAUUAGAAGCUGAUGUGUUUGAUGAUAUUCCUUCUCUUUCAACACUUGAGUUUAAUAGAAACAAUCUAAAAGAUGACAGUUUUCCGUUGGAUGUAUUCAAGAAAAACCAAGCACUAGACUCUGUUUCAUUUUUUGCAAAUGAAUUGAAACACGUAGUGUCCAAUCUUCCAAGUUCUGUUACAAGUGUCGAUUACAGCGCUAAUACCAUAUUUGAGCUUCGAGCUUACGACUUCAAAUCUACGCCGAAUCUGAUAUACCUGUAUCUUCAACAGAAUAUGAUUAACCAUUUGGAGGACUUUACGUUCGCAGGGUUAACUUCACCUUUAGAGCUGGAUUUGUCAUAUAACUGGAUAACAGCUAUUGCCAAAGAUGCAUUCAAACCAUUAAGAUUGACCUCAGUUUUAAUAAGUUACAAAGUCUUCAGGCUGAGGUUUUCUCUCAUCUUACAAGCAGUGCUAAUGUAA